GAUUGCGGCAGAAACAUUUGACCGACGAAAACGCACCAAUCUCAGUCUUUUUAACGAUUUUGUGCAGUGCACGCGAACAAGCGGGAAAGAAUUUCAAAAGAAAAGAGCCAAAGAGCUAGAAAACAAGACGACGGCACGACGAAAAGUAUUGAACAUAAUAAAGCAGUUAAUAAAAUUUAAAAUAUUUGUGUGUUAAGUGACAUAGAACAUAUAGCAAGCCUUUAACAAAAUCAUUAAUAAAAACCAAAACGAAAUUGGCAAAACCCUAAAAAUAGAGGACUUGGCCGACAUUCUUUCUAUACUUAGCAACGCGAAGUGAAGACAGGCGACAAGAAGUCAUCACCAUAACAAUCAAAAUCUUCCUGUACUUUCAUUAGAAACCACAGAAAUCGCAAAAACAACAACAAAAUCACAAUUUUUAUGAAUGAAAAAUAUUAUAACGGUAUUCAAAAUCACAUAACUCACGUGGGAUACUACAACCAAAACAUUUUCCCUAAUAUAGAUCAAUUAGCAUAAGGCACUUUAUAGCGCCGCCGGCAACCUUUAAAUAGAACAAACAUAUCAUUCGUUUGAAAUUUUAAGCCUAUUUUAAAACACCCCCAAGAAUUUGUGGAAAUAGUGCGUCAGAAUAAUAAAUAAAUCAUUAAAGAAAUUCCACUACAGUAUAUAAAAAAAAUUAAACAUGCCUUCAAUAGCAUAUGCUGCCAAUAUAAUACCUAACAUUCUGCGAGAAGGUGAUAAAAUACGCAUCAAAGGAGUUAUAAAGGAUAAUGCCAAAGAAUUCUCCAUUAAUUUUGUCAAUGAGAUUUGCAAUAAUCCCGAAUUUAUCACAUAUCACUUCAAAUGGAUACUGGACGAACAGGUGAUCGUGGAAAACUACAAGGACAAUGGCAGUUGGAUGGAUCACAUGGAGCAGGACUAUGAUGAUUUAGAUGGUGUGUUCAUCAGAGAUGCUGCGAAUGACUUUAGUGUAGCUUCAUAUAACAAUAAUAAUACAAUUCUCAAUUACUCUGUUUUAGGUUCGGUAUUCGAAUUAGAGUUUGCAUUCCAAGAUGGUGUAAUCGAUGUAUACAAAAUCUAUGAGAAUGCACCGAAUCGGAUUACCACUUAUGAGACAUAUUUUGAUAUAUCCGAAAUUAAGGCUCUGCAUGUGUGGGGUGAUGUAAAGAAAAUUUCCGAAUUAACAUUUAAAUAUGCGUAAGAAAAUAUAACGCACGCAGAGAAAAAGGCGUUUCGCAUUUCUUUGGUAGUACACCACUCCAACCAGCAAUCAUCACCAACACCAUCAGAUUUGGAAUGGAAAUUUCUAAGUACUCCUCCUUCUCUACUCGUAGGAAACGGAUAUGAAAAAUUUGAGAAUUGAAAUCAUGCUCCGCCUACCAUGCACCCACCCACCGUCAUCUGUCUUAAGUCCAAGCAUCCAAGCUACAGCCAAAUACAUUUUGCACAAUAUUGCUCCAUAAAUGCAUGAGUGGAACAAAGCAUCGGCACAUUUGUUUUCUCUCUCUCUCUCUCUUUCUCUUCAUAUUGCUGCUUUCUGAGCCAGAAAGAGAGAGAGGUUGUGUAAUGCCACCACAUGAGAAUGACGCAUGGUUUCAUCAGAGCUUCGUUUCGAUCGAGCUUGGUUAAAUGCACAAACAAAAAUUGUUGACAUAAUUUAAGCUUAUUUAUUGAAUUUUUCUUUUAUUAUUUAUUUCGAGCCAAAGACUAACUUUUAAAAAUAUAUAGUUUUGCAAAAAAAAAAAACAAACAAACAAGAAAAUAGUGAAAAUCAAACAGUAAAAAUGUAUGAAAUUUGCAUGUAGGAACAUUAAUACCUUCCAUUACGGAUCGCAAUUCUUUGAAAAAUUCCUUUUAAAGCGAAUUAAAUUGGAGGUCAUAACAAAAGUUCAUAAGCUUCAUUUAUUUUUUUAAAAUAAGAAUAAAACUUGCGCUCUAUUGGUGCUCAAAAAGUCAAAUCGAAAGAUUGCGGAUUCGAUUAUGUAAGUGAUACCCAUGACAUAAUUACCAGGUAGUGUACUGUAAACAGCUGAGUGCAAUUUUUUCUAUCUGUUAACGAGUUUUGGUUGUGUGUGCGUGUUAUAGUUAAGAACCAUAACACACACAAACAACGAAAAAUGGCGCCAACUAGUAACAAACACAAAAUCAGAGUUGCACUAAUCACUGAUUUUGACAGAUAGUGCACUCAACAUUUUGUUGUUGGGCAACUGCCACUACCUGUAACUUAUUAUAUCUUGAGUGAUACCAUGAAAGUUGGUAGUCAGAACAGAAAUCCACACCCAAAAAACCUUAAAGAACUUUGGCACAUGUAGUCAAAAUCAUGAAAGAACCCAUCCUGCAAAACCAACCAAAAAAGGAAAAAAAGUCUUGAAAACAUUUUUAGUGUAUUUUUGGAAAUGUUUUCAGUAUAUGGCAGUAGUUUGAUGUUUUCUAUAUUAAAAACUAGUUAAUUUUCUGGGUUCCUUGUUUUUAUUGCAGAACAUAUAUUUUUUAAUUUAUUCAAUAUUAAUAAAAAUG